AUGUUCAGAGAAGUUUUAAGUCGUGCUCCAGUGCCGAUGGCUGUGGUGCGUCGAGAGCUGUCGUGUGAGGGUUAUCCGAUCGAACUGCGCUGCCCGGGCACCGAUGUCAUUAUGAUCGAGAGCGCCAAUUAUGGGCGCACAGAUGACAAGAUCUGUGACUCGGACCCUGCUCAAAUGGAGAACACUCGCUGCUAUCUGCCUGAUGCCUACAAGAUUAUGAGCCUCAGGUGUAACAACCGAACUCAGUGUGCGGUCAUUGCUGGCCCUGAUGUUUUUCCUGACCCGUGUCCUGGAACGUACAAAUACCUUGAGGUUCAGUACGAAUGUGUGCCAUACAAAGUGGAACAGAGAGUCUUUCUCUGUCCAGGUGUAUUGAGAGGUGUGUAUCAGAGUGAGCACCUCUUUGAGUCGGACCACCAGUCUGGUUCAUGGUGUAAAGACCCGCUACAGUCAUCCAACAAGAUCUACUAUAUGCCCUGGACACCUUACCGCACAGAUACACUGACCGAGUAUUCAUCUAAGGAGGACUUUAUUGCGGGUCGUCCUACCACAACAUACAAACUGCCCCAUCGUGUGGACGGCACCGGCUUUGUGGUGUAUGACGGCGCACUUUUCUUCAACAAGGAACGUACACGCAACAUUGUUAAAUUCGACCUGAGAACUCGUAUCAAGAGCGGCGAGGCGAUUAUCGCUAACGCUAAUUACCACGACACCUCGCCGUAUCGCUGGGGUGGGAAAUCUGACAUCGAUCUGGCAGUGGAUGAAAAUGGACUGUGGGUAAUUUACGCCACCGAACAGAACAACGGACGAAUUGUGGUCAGUCAGCUGAACCCUUACACGCUCCGAGUGGAGGGCUCAUGGGAUACAACAUACGAUAAGCGAUCGGCCUCCAAUGCCUUUAUGAUCUGCGGAAUCCUGUACGUAGUGAAGAGCGUUUAUGAAGAUGACGAUAAUGAAGCGUUGGGGAAUAAAAUUGACUACAUGUACAACACAGAGAAGAGCCGUGAAACGCACCUCAGCAUUCCAUUCCCAAAUUCAUACCAGUACAUCGCAGCUGUGGACUACAACCCUCGAGACAAUUUGCUGUACGUGUGGAACAACUACCAUGUUGUCAUAUAUUCUCUCGACUUCGGAAACAAUGACAACAGAUUGGGCUUUGAUCCUCCUUCUUCAGUCUUGCUUCCUGAUGCACUUCCUCCAGCACGCAGCUCCACGACUCCUCCACGCCCAUAUACGGGCACGCUCCGCCCCUCCCUCACUACUACCAUGACAACCACCAUGGCUCCGCCUCGCCGUCAUAACAACAUCCUCCCAGGAGCCCUGACACGGUCGCCUCCAUCCCUGCAGACUCCAGUCGCUGUUGACUAUUGCGCCCCACGUCUCACUGCUGAAAUCUCCUGGCCACGGACACACCAGGGACAGGUUGCUAGGCAACCGUGCCCACCUGGCACCAUAGGUGUAGCCACGUUUAAUUGUUUGCUUGGCUACUGGGAUCCGAAGGGACCAGAUCUGAGCAACUGCACCUCACCAUGGACCAAUCACAUCACUCAGAGAAUGAGAUCGGGAGAAACGGCUGCUAUAGUAGCACGAGAGUUGGCUGAACAGACGAAGGGAGAGCUGAGACCCGGAGAUGUCCCAUCUACAGUCAAAGCCAUGGCACAACUGGUGGAACUACUGGAUGUACAGCUGCGAAAUCUCACCCCGGGGGGAAAGGACACAGCGGCACGGAGCUUAAACAAGCUCCAGAAGAGAGAGCGAUCGUGCCGUUUCUUCAUACAGUACGAGCCCCCAAAACUGGAGGUGGCACGUUUGAGUACAGAUGUUAAUCUGGCUGAUCUGAUCUUCCCUCAAUCUGGACAAACCGGCAACUCCAUUCAUCUCUCCACCAACACACUCAAACAGCAAGGACGCAAUGGUAACCCUUACCAAAAAUUUCAGCAGCUUUUGUGCUCAGUGUGUACAUCUUUGUUACAGAUCGUCUGUGCGGUGUUUGCGGCCCUGCUGCAUUUCUUCUUCUUGGCCGCGUUUACAUGGAUGUUUCUGGAAGGCGUGCAGCUGUACAUCAUGCUGGUGGAAGUGUUCGAGAGCGAGUACUCGCGCACCAAGUACUUCUAUCUCACUGGAUACGGAGUGCCUGCUGUUAUAGUGGCUGUGUCUGCCGCCGUGGACUAUCACAGCUAUGGAACCGAAAGAGUGUGCUGGCUCAGGUUAGAUACUUACUUUAUCUGGAGUUUCAUUGGGCCUGCUACUCUCAUCAUCAUGCUAAAUGUUAUUUUCCUGGGCAUUGCACUAUAUAAGAUGUUUCACCACACAGCGAUACUCAAGCCUGACUCCGGUUGCCUGGACAACAUCAAGUCCUGGGUUAUAGGGGCCAUAGCUCUGCUGUGUCUGCUGGGGUUGACCUGGGCGUUCGGGCUGAUGUAUAUCAAUGAGAGUACAGUCAUCAUGGCCUACCUCUUCACCAUCUUUAACUCGCUGCAGGGAAUGUUCAUCUUCAUAUUUCACUGCAUCCUGCAGAAGAAGGUGCGUAAAGAAUACGGCCGAUGCCUCCGCACACACUGCUGCAGCGGGAAGAGUGUGGAGUCGACCAUCUCCACUUCAACAAAGACCAGUACAGCCCGCACACCUGGACGCUAUUCCACCAACUCACAGAGUCGUAUUCGUAGGAUGUGGAAUGACACGGUCAGGAAGCAGUCGGAGUCAUCUUUCAUCACCGCUGAUAUGAACAGCUCAGCGACUCUCAACAGAGGUACCAUGGCUAACCAUCUCAUCUCCAAUGCUUUGUUACGUCCUCAUGGCACUAAUCCUUAUAACACACUGCUGGGAGAGUCUGCUGUGUACAAUAACCCUACUGCCAACAUGUUCAACACGCAAGAACAUUUCAACCUAGCAUCUGUCCUAAACUCAGCAGCCUCCUACAGAGAUUCAAAAGGCAUUCUCAACAACGUGCGGGACUCCAGCGUCAUGGAUACGCUGCCGCUUAACGGUAACCACGGCAACAGCUACGGCGUGGCAGCAGGCGAUUACCUCACCUACAGCUCUCGUGGCAACGAGCCACCAACUACGCUAGAGAAAAAGAUCUUGAAAGAGCUGACGGCAAACUACACUCCGUCGUACCUCAACACUCAGGAGCGACAGGGAAAAGCCCACCAGGGGACCCUGACUAAUAAACUCAACAACCACCUGGCCAACGGAGGGGUCGCGGGGUCAUCAUCCAUCGCCAAAGACGACGUCAUGGUGCUCGACAACCCCGGAGCGUUUCACCGACACGACGACGGUGGCGGCGGGUUAAGUCUGGAGCUCAUUAGGGAGGAGUCACAAGCGCCGCUCCUCCCACCCAGACUGCCCCCUCUGGAAAACCACGCCCCCAUGCACACGUUUUCGGCCCACCGGCGCCUACCGCAGGAGAACAGUGAGAGCUUCUUCCCGCUGCUCCCCAACGACACGCACUCGUCGCACACGCACACUCCCCGCGCGCACACACACUCCCCCCUCAGAGACUCACUCUAUACCAGCAUGCCCACGCUCACCGACCUCCCGCAUGGCACCGAUGACCUCAUCAACGGUCUCCAUGAGGACGAAGACGAUGAGGAUGACGACAAUGAAGAGGAAGAGGGCAGCGAAUUGCACCUGGCCAACGGCAAAGAGGUCAUCAUGGAGACGGACGACGUGUACUACAAAAGCAUGCCGAACCUGGGCUCCAGGACCCACAUACAUGAACUAGAGAGCUACUAUCAGAUGGGACGCGGCGGCAGUGACGGGUUCAUCGCCCCGCCUGAGAAAGAAGACUCGUCGCCUGAAGAACAGCCACCGGACCCCUCACAGCUGGUCACCAGUCUAUAGACACCGACACGCACACACACAUUCCCAUUCAGUGCGCGCGCGUGUGUGUGUGACACAAUGCAUAAGGCAUGGGAUACACUACCUACUGCACUGAUAGAGAGACUGAUUCCAGAUAGACCCCCGAUUCCAGUACAUACAAGUAUCCUGUCACCAAAAUCCUGCUCCAGUUAGAACCAGUAACCAGAACUAGUAACCCAUUCCUACGCUAGAACAAGGACUACCGCGUGUAGGCAGAUCUUGUGGACUUUUUUCUCAUCAAUCUGCUGAGUAAAACUCUUGCGGAUUGUCAAUUUGGAGAUGUGGAUGAACUUUUGCUCCAUUUGCAUAGCCAUCCUCGAUGAAAACCUUCAUCCAAUGGCUGUCCGAUUCUCCUCCGAACUCACCACGGAUUGUGGCGAGCGUGUAAAGAGACUGUGGAAAACUAGCUGCCGUUUAUGACGACCGUGUAUGAUAAUGAGACCACCGACCGUCGUACUGAACUGCAUUACCCACAACUCUCUAGACUUCUCUAUGAUUCUCUGCUGCACACAUUCCUUCUCGUUUAGCACCAAUCUCGUUUUCGAGCGUGAAAUCACAAAAGGCGCAUCUGUUCUUAAAGACUGAGGACGCAUCUUGUUUUCUUGCGUUUAUUUUUCUGUAAUAAUCUCAGUUACGGGAAAGGUAAUCUUCACUAAUUACAAAGAAAUGGAACUGUUUUCCAUGUAAAAUGUACAGAUUCCCGAUAUUGCAUAUGAUCCUAUGCGUUUCAUGUUUUUUGACCUAUUUUGCCCCUUGUAUGUGUUUUUGUAGACUAGACCAAUCCCACAAUGCUGUGUUGGUCCUCAAAAAUACUAUCCCUUAUAACGCACAGCACACACACGCACACAUAUCUACAUACACACGCAUACACACUCUCGUUUGGAAGGAUGACCAUGGCCGCCUCCUUUUUUUUUUUCUUUUCCAAAUGCAACACUUCGUCAUUCUCACUGUGUCGAUGAUAACCAAGAGACUCUGGAGAAAUGACUGUUGUGUGAUUGACAGCUAUUACAGAUGGGAUCCCAAUGAUGCUGGAACGUCGUCGUUCCAUGAAUUCUACCGCGAUUUUGAAUUCUAGGGCGCAUACUUUGGAUGCAGGUUGAAGAAUUCCAGUUUAUUGAAAUUCCAGUCAUACAUGUUGACACAGCUAAAAUUGUUCUCUCAGGCUAAAAGAUGGUGUAUUAUUGUGACGAUUUCAAAUAUCGAGUUGUGUUUUUAACUUAAGAGCUCAAUCAAGAACGGUAAGAAAGGCUAGCGGGAUGUGAAUUGGAACAAGUCCGAGCAAAUAAAAGUGUGAAUCAUCAUUACGAAUCAUAUGUAACCACAUAAAAUAACCAUGUAAAGAACAGACUAGAAGGAUAGGACUUUAAUGGAGUGGUUUGGAAGAUGGAAACAACCUUGUAAAGGUCAGUUUCUGAAACUACUGUUUACUUGUUCUCAAACUGAGACUCCCUGUAGCUUGCACAUCUAUCCCUUGUUAACCCACCCUGAGAAAAUCGACUGCAUAUUUAUUCCUGUGAUUCAGUCUUGUUUUUAAAUUUUUUUAUUUUCCAACAGAUCAGAAACGUAGGAUCUUAGAGAGCGUCGGGAAAAGAAUUGGAUCGGCACUGAGACCUUUUUUAUUGCUAUUAUCAUCAAUAUUAUUAUUAUUACAAUAUCUAUGAAAUUAUUAUUUAUUCUUUUCAUAUGCAUUCUAAACUGAAUGAACUCAUAACUAAUAUUUGUUGUAACAGUGAAAGUUGUUUGCCAACAAAUAAAAUGACUGAAUUAAUAUUUACAAUAUUUC